ACCGAAACAGCUGAGUGUAAACAAAAAUAAUUUUGUGGUUUCUGUGGCUUAGUGGUUUUAAAAUUAAUAUAGUGGCAAAAUUUGUACAAUAACUCAAUAUAAUGGCCGCUACACGUUCACGUCGCUCAAAUGCCGGUAACCAAAUUGCGAAGUUACUAAACGAUGAGGAGGAAGAUGAAUUUUACAAAACUUCCUACGGCGGCUUCCAGGAUGAGGAGGAGGACCAAGAAUAUGUCCAAAAAGAAGAGGAAGAAGAUGUAGUGGAUUCAGAUUUUAGUAUUGACGAAAAUGAUGAGCCCAUUUCCGAUACUGAGGAUGCUCCCGAUAAGAAACGAAAGCGCGGCGGAGUUAGCACAAAAGCAUAUAAAGAGCCUAAGCCUGUCCUAAAGAAAGAUGUAGCAGCAGUACCUAAAAGAAAAACUGCAAAAAUAGUGAGGAGACCCCGGCCUAAGUUUACAGUAAUUGAUUCUGGUCGUAAAUCUAUUAGAGCUUCUACUGCCAUAAAAACACAAGCUACUAAGAUUCGCUUAAAAGAAAUGGACGAUGCACGUAAGAAAAAAAGACGAGUCGUAAGGGUAGAGGAGUACAUGCCAUCCCAGGAAGAAUUGCUUGAAGAAGCAAAAAUAACUGAAGAGGAAAAUAUUAAAUCAUUGGAGAAGUUUCAAAAAAUGGAAUUGGAGAAAAAGAAAACGCGCCCCACGAAGCGUGUAUAUAACGGUCCGAUGAUCCGAUAUCAGUCAAUGACAAUGCCAGUUGUGCGAAAGCCUACUAGAGGAUCGAAUAUGACUGCCGAUACCGCCGAUUCGACAGCAAAAUGUGAACGUACAUUCAUUACGUUCGAAAAUGAUCUUAAUGACAAAGUCUUCGAAUCCGUCUUUAAACCGAAGCGGCUAACCAAUAAUUCUGGACAUUUGUGUCCGAUAACCAGAAAACCGGCGCGCUACUUUGAUCCUGUCACCCAGCAACCUUAUUAUAGCAUGCAAGUGUUUAAGAUAUUACGCGAAGCUUAUUAUUUGCAGCUGGAGGAGCGUGGUAAUACAGAAAAUCCUGAUGUGGCUAAAUGGUUAGAAUGGCGUAAGAUAGUCAAAGAAAAUCGCGCAAAAGUUGCCACCAGCAAAGUAACUUCCACUUCGUAAUAGAUGUAUGUAUCAUGUAUCGAUCAUUAAGAACAACCAUAUAUUUUAAUUUCAUGUUAUUGGCAUAUUUUAAUCGCAAUAGUUCUACAAAGUUACAAUAAGUAAUACAAUUUUAACCUAAUACAAUAGAUCCUAUAGAAAUGAAGUAUGAACAGUACUUACGAGUACUGCUAAAAAAUUAUGAGUAGUAUUUUGAAGACAAUAAACACCUCCGACGAAGAACA